AUGUUUGUGGGAGAAAUCCUGUGUUGGAUUCCUGUUUUCAUAGGACGUGCACGCAGGGGAUCUGCAAAUGCCGAGGAACAAGCCCCUUUGCUGAGGAAAAAGAGGAUCUCCUCCGCACGCGAGUCCUUUGUGCUUUCGUUACCUGCCCUGUGCGACUUUACCGCGACGACACUGAUGAACGUCGGGCUGUUGUACACGCCUGUUUCAAUCUACCAGAUGACGAGAGGAUCGGUCAUUUUGUUUGUCGGGCUAUUUUCAGUCAUUGCCUUGCACAAGACCAUUACCAAGCUCGAAUGGCUCAGUUUGUUUAUAGUUGUCUUCGGGGUGUUCAUUGUCGGUUUGAGCGGGUCGAUCGACACUGGCGAAGAGUCCAUACUGGUGGAACAGGGCAACGUCGUGUUUGGAAUGUUCAUCAUUGUUCUUGGUAUCAUGUGCAACGCGGCCCAGUUUGUGAUUGAGGAAAGCAUUCUUGCGAACUUGGAGGUGAGUCCUCUGAAACUCGUUGGCUACGAAGGUAUCUACGGUGCACUCACAACCACACUUUUCAUGCUGUCCGGCCAGACAUUCAUGCACAAGUCAUCUAGAGACGCAUGGGAUAUGGUGUAUGCUCUGCAAGUCAUGUUCACGCAUUCUCGAGUGCUGCUCAGCUCGUUGCUUAUCAUGCUUUGCAUCUCGUCGUUCAAUUUCUUUGGCAUCUCUCUCACCCACAAGCUUAAUGCCACUGCCCGCUCCACCAUUGACACCUCAAGAACGCUGCUUGUGUGGCUGGUGUCUUUGACUAUUGGCUGGGAGCAGUUCAGAGCGCUGCAACUGGUCGGGUUUGGCCUUCUUUUGUACGGCACUCUUGUGUUCAACGGUGUUAUAGAGCUCGAAAAGAGCCGUUUUGUGCCUCAAUGGCUGAAACAAAGGUCCAAAGACCCUCUGAUUACCAUAGACGAGCCGAUCGAGAGGUUUUGA